AUGUUGUUCGGGCGCAAACCUGCCAUGGAGCCGAUCCCAGGCGACCGAGUGCAGCCGCUGCAUUUCUUUGAGAAUAGCUUGCUAGUGCAGGGAAACAAUAUGGCUGUGUCGCUGGUGUUUGAUGCGGUGCUAGACCCGGAGAUAUUGCGCCAGUCUCUGGAGGGCCUGGUGAAACGAGAUGGGUGGCAAAGAUUGGGAGGAAGACUUAGGAAGAACGCGUCCGGCAAGAUCGAAUGGCACAUCCCAGCGGAAUUUACAGCCGACAGACCUGCAAUCUCUUUCGCGCAUGUCGACCAUGGUAUCGCUGCCGCUGCACACCCGGCAGCCGCCAAGAUACCCACGCCACAGGAUCGACCCUGCGUCACCGGUGACCCGGAUGCCCUGGAAGGUCUGGCUUGGGAGCCCGGUUACAAGCCCAAUGGAAUCAAUGACUAUCUCACCUCCGAUAUUCCCGUCUUGGGACUGCGCGUCAACUCUUUUACCGACAAAACUAUCGUGGUCCUACAAUGGCAGCACGUCGCUUUUGACGCACUGGGCAUGCAGUAUGUCGUCGAGGCCUGGAGCUUGAUGCUUUGGGGAAAGGCGGAUGAGGUGUUGACCCCAUGUGGUCUUGAUUCAGAUCCAUUCGACUGUCUCGCGACGGGUUCACGUCCCGUGUCGGAGAAACACAUCCUCGCUGAGAGAAAGGUCGGACUGGGGGGCUUGUUGCGGUGGGGACUUGGUUACGGAGUCGAUAUGGUUGUCCGCUCGAAGGAGAACCGCAUGGUUUGUAUUCCGGAGAGCUACUGGCGACCGCAGUUGGACAAAGCUCUGGAGGAGCUUCGCGCCGAAGCGCUUGCAAAUGGCGAAGAUGUAUCGAAAGUGUUCUUGACCGAGAACGACGUUCUGACGGCCUGGAUCUUACGUUGUACCGUUGCCGAGAUGGGAAUGAGCCCUGGGCGAACGGUAGCUGCAUCGAUUGCCAUGUCGCUUCGCAAGCAUUUCGAGGGCGACCUCUUGCCGGCCGCGACUGAACAUCCUUACGUUGGAAAUGCCUUCGGUUGGGCCAACGUCCUCGUCACUGCGGGCGAGGUGACUUCCCAGCCGCUGAGCUGGCUCGCACGGCAGGUCCGGCGCGCCAUCAACGAGCAGGGGACGCGGGCUCAGCACGAAGCUUAUUAUGCUAUGGUUCGCACGUCCGGCACUGGCCUGCCCAUCGUCAUAUUUGGAGAUGGAGGCAUGGCCCAAGUCGGGUUCUCCAAUUGGUCCAAUGCCGGUCUGUUUAACUUGGACUUCUCUCCUGCCCGCCGAGGGGGCCAGGAUGACAGUGCGCCGUGUAGGCCCUCGUAUGUCCAGGAAAAUCACGGCCCUGUCAAGCCUGCAGAUGGAUUCUUCAUUCUGGGAAAGGAUGACAAGGGUAACUAUUGGACGUCCGCAUGCAAGGUUAAGGGUCAGUGGGCGAAGUUCGAGGAGCAGCUGAAGAAAUUCGACACAUCUGACACG